UUUGAGAAAAAGAAGAAAAAAACCCCCAAAUUGUACAGAAUGGUUCGGGUUCGGAAAAAGCCCAACUAAUUUAUCCAACCAGAGGAUCUUUGUAUUUUGGAAUUUUGGCGAACAACUAAUUUAUCUACUUACUGGUUUCUUUGAUAGUCUCCGAGAGAGUUGUGGAAGAGAGAGACCCAAUAGGCCAAGGAAAUGGAUUUAAGUACAAGUUGGAACAUCAGUAACGGCUGUGGAUUCUUACUUUCACCGACUGGUGUGGCUGAUGGUAGCUUUUUCAUACUUUCUCGCCUGACCCAUAAGUUCUCAUGCCCCGUUUGGUGGUACCCAUUUCCCUAUACUCCUAAGGGUUUCUGUAUUGUUCAUUCCAGCAAGAGAAAUUCGCCUUCUGAACCAGUUUUGAAGCCAAACAUUGUUGAACAAGUGUCGGUGGACGAUGAAGACGGCCUUCUCCUUGAUGACUUUGGAGACGAGGAAUCAGUGGAGGGCGAUGAUUAUUUUGAGGAUGAGUAUUUGGCUGAAGAUGCUGAACUCUAUGCCGGAGAUGGAGGUGGGGGAGGCGGAAUCUCACUUGCUGGGACAUCAUGGGAUAAAGAAGCAUUAGCAAUAGCUGAAGAGGUCGCUCUAUCAUUUGAUGGUGAAUUGAAAAUAUAUGCCUUCAAGACAUUAGCAAAUUCCAUCAUUCAAGUACGCAUUGAGAAGCUUUCAAAUAAGUCUGGUUCCCCCGGUAUGACUGAUAUUGAAGCUUUCUCGUCGGCCUACGGAGCAAGGCUAGAUGAAGCCGAGCUUGCCGGAUCUUUUCCUGAGAACAUAGCUUUGGAGGUGUCUUCACCUGGCGUCGAAAGGGUUGUUCAGAUUCCACAAGAGCUUGAUCGGUUCAAGGAUCGGCCUAUGUAUGUUAAAUAUGUAUUAGAUGGCACUGGUUCAUCCACUGAAAGUGAUGGUGUUUUCAGAAUCAUUUCUUUUGAUCUUAGAACACAUUGUUGCACAUGGGGUUUGGCAAAUGUUAGGAUUAAUAGAGAAAAAGCAGGGAAAGGAAGACCUCUUAGCAAAAAACAAAGGGAGUGGAGGUUGAACACACCUUUCGACUCCUUACGUUUAGUCAGACUGUAUUCUGAAAUUUAAAUCUGUGUGGUUUUGUACAAAACCAUUAUAGUUUUCACUGUUAAAAUGCCUAGAUAGACAUAUCACUAUAGUUAAAAAACCAAAAAAUAAAUACAUAUAUCUUCAUGGCAUGUUUGUGUUCCCUUUUAAGUUCCUAAAUGAUGACAAUCGUAGACUUCAAUAAAUUUUGUACUUGCCAUGUAUGAAUUUUUUGUUUAGGCAAAGAAAGAGGAGAGAAGAGUGGGAAAAAUGAUGUAAAGGUUUCUGAUGUUUAUGAGAAUUUACAGCUGAAAUAAACAAAGCAGUUUUUACCACUCG